GCUCUGUGUCCCUCGGGCACAGCGGAAAGAGCCAAAGAUGUCGGCUCCGUCAUGUGAUCAGCUGUGUCCAAUCACAGCUGAUCACAUAAGUGCCACCUGUCAGUGUCCAUCAGUGCCAGCAGUCAGUGCUCAUCAGUGCCAUGUGCCAGUGCCCAUCAGUGCCACAUCAAUGCCACAUAUCAGUGCAUACUAGUGCACAUCAAUGCCACAUAUCAGUGCCCAUCUGAGCUGCCUUUCAAUGUCACCCAGCAGUGCCAAUCAGUGCCACCUAUCAAUGCUGCCAAUCAGUGCCAGUCAGUGUCGCCUAUCAGUGCACAUCAGUGCCGCCUAUCAGUGCCGCCUAACAGGGCCAGUCAGUGCCAUAUAUCAGUGCCAUAUAUCAGGGCCAUAUAUCAGUGUCAUGUAUCAGUUCUGCCUUUCAGUGCCCAUCAGU